GCAUGCGAGGAGCUUCCCCUUUAGUUCAUCAUGCACUCCCGAAGCAGCAGGUCGAAGCAGGAGUCAGAGCCGGAAAACUCGCACGAUUGGUGCGCCGAACUGGCCGAGGAGUCCUCCAUUCACGGCAAUCCCUAUGUGACCCGCAGGGAUCUGCACUGGACCGAGCGUCUCUUUUGGUUCUCCAUGGUACUGAUCUCGGCGUAUUACGCUAUCAACAGCUGCAUUGCGCAGUGGGAUCGGUUCCGCAAGCAUCCCAUUGUCUAUGAGUACGAGUAUCUGUUCGCCUUGCGCAACUUCACCUUCCUGGGGUUAACACUCUGCACCAACUAUGAGACGGAUGAGACGGUGAACAAGCUCAUAAAGCACACUUGGGGAGUGGAUCCCACUGCAAACGAAACAUCGGCUUACUACGGAAACUUCCUCCGCGUGCUCAAUCGCUUAAAGUACAACAACCUGGAGACGCUGAGACCCUUUAAAAAUGAUUCCACGUUGGACAACUUGCCUUAUGUGGAAAUGCUGCUAAAGCUGCAGGAGAAUGUGAUGCCGCCUCCGCAUCCUGUGGUCCUGGCGCCGAUUAUGACGGAAGUGGGUCUAUGUCAGACCAGCAGCCAGUUAACACGUUUUGCCAAUCCAUACGGGAAGCUACAGAAGCUGAAUGUUACCCCAGUGCGGAUGUGUGGAUUCUUUAACGACUGCCAGCUGAUGCACAAGCCCUUUAAUAGCAUCCUGACCCAUGUAUUUCUGUACCUACACGAUGUCAACGAGAUGAUGCUGCCCCACGACCGACGAACUGUCACCUUCGAUGCCAAGGUCAAGAGCUCCUAUGUCCUAAAGCUCCUGGUUAACUCGAUAUCAGCGGAUGCCGAGGUUCGAAAUUUGCCAGUGGCCUAUCGAAAAUGUCGGUACACGGACGAGAACAACCUCAAGUACUACCAUCCGUAUCAUCCCAGCUUCUGUCGCCUGGAAUGUCGUAUAAACUGGGCCUUAAGCCUGUGCAAAUGCAAGCCCUAUUUCUAUGUGGCAGCUCCCAAUGCACCCGUCUGUAACAUAACCGGGAUGCUGUGCUUGGCGCGCACCAAGUGGCUGGAAAAGCCCUGCCAGUGCUUUCCACUGUGCCGGGAGAACACCUACAGCAUCAUUGAGGAGUACGAGCAGAGCGGGGGCGAUCAAAACUACGUGGGCGAGCAGUUCGAGCGGACCAUAAUCAUCAAGAUGGAUCUGCCCAAGAUGGGCAUGAAGCGACGGGUCGUGUUCAGCACGGAUCAGUUGAUAAUGUCGUUUGGCGGCGCCAUUGGCCUCUUUCUGGGCGCUAGCUUCAUGACCAUCUAUGGUUUGGUGUAUCUAUUUCUUCAAUUUUUGGCUUUCAAAUGCAAAUGUUGCUUACGGAAAGAUAAUAAGGCCGUCAAUUAGAACAGAACUCAGAGAACGAAUGUUAAAAUCAAUUAUAUGCUUUAAUGAUAAUUCAUAAUGACAUUAUAACUAAAGUCUUUCUAGUCUUUUCUAUAAGUAUUACCAAUAAUGUUACAAAUAUUCCAAGAAAUGUUUGUUAUUUCGCAUAUUUAACCACUUUGUUAUAUUUUUGGCUCACAUUAAUGCUCAACUCAAAAUAGUCAAGGUUUUACCUGGUCGCUACUUUCAAGUAACUUUUAUUUCUUUGUUAAUAUAUUUUUCAGUUUUAAUAUUAAGUUAAUAAACCCAUUUUUUAAUAUACGUCUUGCCUAAAAUUUUCACUUAAGCUUAAAACGAAAUAACUCUAGAAUAUAAAGCACUCAUUUUACAACACAUAUUAAAAAAUACUUAUAAAAUGAAAUUGUUUUCAACCUAACAACAUCAAAGUGGUUUGAUGACUUGGACGGGCAAAUUAAAGCCGCGUCAAACGCUACAAGGAAGCCGCAAAAGUGAUGGCGCAGCUUGGUUCGGUUCAGCUGGGUUCAGGGAGCAGAAAAAUUUUCACUUUUGCUGAAAAGUCAUAACCAGCUGCAGUGCGUUUUCCGGCCGCUUUCUGUUACCCGAGAUUUGCCAUUGUCAAAUGUGACAAUUUGUGGCGCUCGUAUCUCCAUCUCGCACACUUGCCACACUUGGCCAAAGCAAAGUGCAGUCAGCGGAGCGAAGC